CCACGUGGGGUUCUCUCUUCCUGCAGAUCCGGUCCUGAGUACGAGCAAUGGCGCCCUUCAGGGUUAAGACCCAGCCCGGACCUCACAGCCCAGGAGCCAGCAAGAAGUGUUCCCUUUCCAGGAGCUGGCUCCUUAUGCACACUCAGCAGUCCUGGUGUAAGUUUAAGCACUUUCUGAAGCCAUCAGUGCUUCACGUAGAGGCACGUCUGCUGGAAAAGAUUUUCGGUCCAAGCAGAGUCCUCCUCCCGGGAUUCGAGCGGGAGUUCAAAGUCCUGCUCCAAAUGAGAAAGCGCAACUCCGAGGGCAAGGUUGAAAUCUUCAUCAUGGGGAGACGCCGGUACCGCAAGCGUGCCAAAAGGCUGAUUCGCUUUUUGGCCGUGAAGCCGCGAAGGAAGCCGUGCGAAGGCACAAUGAUGCUCAGCCUGGAAACCAUGAAGUCUCUUGAAAAAGAGAAUGUUCAUUCCAGUGCUCUCCUCUCCACCACAGUGAUGAGCAGCCUGGAUGAAGCCAUGCAGUCACUGGAAAUAAGUCAGGAGACUGUCCAGGAACCUGUUACCAAAACAGUGUGAUUUUUGUGAUUAGAAUCUUAGUGCAAGGGGUUCAGUCUGGGUCAGGAGCCUUACCCUUAGAGCCCAUUCUGUACUCUGCCUUUGUUCCUGUGGCUAAGGGGAAAUAAGUAUUGUUAGUGGUCUAUACACCUUUUUCCUUGCUAAACAAAUAGACAGUUGUUUAAAGAUUCAAACGUGAGUUAUAAUAAAAAAUAAACUUUAAAAAACAUAUAUAGA